GCGUAUUGAUUUGUAGUCAUGAAAGGGUGGUUGCGUGGAGCUGGAAGUAGAUAGUUCAGAUCCGGUAAUCAGAUAGGUUUCGGCCUUCGUCUCUAUACGCGUUCACACUUCCAGACGACCAGUGACGCAACGACACGAGCACCCAUAAGCCAUGGACAAGGUCGAGGAGCUAAAUCAUUCGAAACUGGGGACUCGGGAAUACUGGGACGAGUUCUACUCUGUCGAGCAGAAUAACUUCGCCGAGAAUUCAGACGAUGAAGGCGAGAUCUGGUUUGCGGACGCGGACGCGGAGGAUAAAGUGAUUGAUUUCCUAAUCGACCACACGUCCUCGAGCGAGGACGCCGCGAACGCCGAGUUCCCAUUCACACGGACCGCGACCACGACUCUCGAUCUCGGGACCGGGAACGGGCAUUUGAUUUUCCGGGUGCGCGCCGAAUGCGGGUUCAUGGCGCGACUGUGCGGGAUCGACUACGCGGAGACGUCGGUUACGUUUGCGAACCAGAUCCUGGCGAAGAAGAUCGAGGAGGGCGCGAUCGAGGAUGCCGAGCGGAAUAUCUCGUUUGCGCGGAUGGAUUUCUUGACGCUGCCGGAGGAGAAGGAGAAUGAAGGGUGGGAUCUGGUGUUGGAUAAAGGCACGCUGGAUGCGAUUGCUCUUAAUCGCGAGCCGGUGCUGGAUGGGAAGACUGGCGUGCAGCUUUAUCCUACCGCUGUAAGGGACAAGUUGGUCAGGGUCGGUGGGAUCGUGUUGAUUACGAGCUGUAAUUUUACAGAGCCUGAGCUUUUGAAGAUCAUGGAUAUUGAAGGUUUCGAGCCAUGGGAGACAAUCAAGUAUCCCGUGUACGAGUUUGGCGGAGUGAAAGGCCAAAGCAUAUCGAGUGUUGCUUUCAAGCGAGUCAAAUGAUCAACCGAGCAGGCAAGGUGAUGUACGAUAAACUACUAGUGUAUAUAAAAAGUCCGAAGCAGGCAUUUAUCUUUCCCCGAACAAAGACAGGCUGGCAUCAAAG